AGGGCUGGAUGGGAAAGAUAGACGGAGGGAGGGAUACAGACGAGUGAUAAAGAAACACGCUGAGAGCAGCAGAGGUAGACUGAGGCUGCAAACGGAGAUAAAGGUCUGGAUAUAAAUGCUCCAUACACUGGCUGAGGAAUAAGAACUGCAGCAGGGUUAAGGAUACAAAGAAAAGGGGGGAAACAGAGAGAAGAUGGAUGUACAAACGGAGAACACGGACCCCCCGCCUUGUGAAUCUCAGCCAAGUGGAAAAAUCAGAAAAGGAUUCAAGCUGUUCGGCAAACGCAAGCCAGGUAACAUCUUUUCUAUUCGAAGCAAAGCGGAUGGAAACAACAAGUCACCUGUUAUCAGGAGCAAUACGCUUGAUGGAUUAUCAGAGACCCUUGCACCAGAUUCAGAGCAGGAGGCAGACAAGGAAAAGGGACAGGAGCUGAGUGAAGGAGAGAGGGAGCAGGCGGAUGAGGAACCACUUGGCGAAGAUGGCGUUCUGGCUGCUGCUCAUGCUCGCACCUCCAUUUCUUCAGCCAGCUCGGCCAAAUCCCUCAGCUUCUUGUCACUGCUGAGGGGCGGCCGAAGAGGAGUGGGGGACCGCCGAGUCCAAACUGUGUCCCAGCCGACGGGGAGACAGCGUCGUGGGCUGAAGGGUCUCUUCAGCAAUGUUAAGUUCAGAUCAAAGGAUAAGGAGGACAAGGAGGAAGCCCCUCCGAGCCCACUGCUCAUGUCAUCCCGAGCCAACAGUGUGGAGAUCAUCAAAGAGGACCUCACCCUCACACCCAAAUCCCAGCCUCGCUCUCUGGACAGCCCUGAGACUGAGAGCUAUGAGCCCAGCAAGAGUUUAGCAACACCAGACAGUGCAGCAACGUCCCCGUCAAAGACUCCCCAAGUGACAACAGUGAGUAAAACUAAUGAGCAUGUGCCGCCUUCGCCCACCUCUGAACCACCAAUGGUCCCUGGUGAUACGAGCUUGAGCUGCCUGCUGGCAGACAUCUCCUCUCUCCUGACCUUUGACUCAAUCACAGGGGGUGGAGACAUUAUGGCUGAUGUGGAGGCAGAGUGGGGGAAAGCCAGCAGUGCUAUCAGCAGUCCCGUGUUCAGUGAAGUCACGUUAUCAUCCACAUCUCUCUUCUCCACACCCACCAUCUCCUCUCCACUGACUUCUACGUCUGUCAGCACUGCUGCCACAGCAAAGCCUUCUCCUGUAACCGUCCCCACAACAGCUUCGACCCAAUCCUUCGCUUCUCUGACAAAGACAACUUCAACCUCGUCUCCCAUUUCCAAGCCGAGCACCAUCAUCACAACUUUCACCAAAUCUUCCACUUUGACUACUCCCUCAGUCAAACUGAGCACAGACUCUACUGCAGCCACUGAGUCUUCUACCACCAUUAAAAUUAAAUCAACUCCUGCACCCACUGUAACAAAACCCUCAACCACUCCUGUAACAUUAGCAAGCCUUUCAGCUCCAACGUCUUCCCAUUUGACGACAGUUAAAUCAACAACGAGCUCCACCUCUACAGCUACUAUGGCUCCUCCGAACACCCCGGCCACUGUAGUAAAGGCUCCUUCAGCCAGUCCAACUUUUACCUCUACAGCUAGCAAACUGGCUUCAGAGAUUGCAGAACCUCCUCAAAUGAUUUCUUCCGUAAGUAAACCUAGUCCUGUAGCUACUUUACCUCCUGUGUCUGCUAAACCUUCACCAGUAGCCCAUACCCCUCCCAUCCCUGCUGCCAUUACCCAACCUUCAACUGUUAAAUUGGAUUCCGACAGCAGUUUAAACUUGCAAACAUCAACUUCCUACAAACCCUUCUUAAGUUCGACUGCAGGAGAGUUUAAAGCCCCAGUGACAGUAUCAACACCCUGUACAGUUACAACCAAACCUUCUCCUACACCGGUUAUUCUCUCCAAGAUGACAACAGCUCCCACAUCAAUUACAACUGCAGACUCAGUAUCCCUUUCUAAGCCUGCACCCAGCUCUACCCCAGUGGACCUAAAUAAAACCCCUCCCCUGCCUGUAAAAGCUCCAGAUGUAUGUUCUUCCUCUACCUUAACUGCCUCUAAAACCCAACCCUCCCCUGCAUCUGUCCCAACUCCAUCCUCAACUUCUUUAGAUAAGUUUCUUCCUGCAGCUACACCCUCUCCUGCACCAGUCUCUAUAGAUAAGAUGCCCCCAACUCCCACACCAAUUUCAGGCCCCACCUCUAAUGCUGUUGCCUCUACAGCAUCCCCAACACCUCCUGUUUUGGAUCAGAUCACACUCUCUCAACCUAAGGCCCCUCCUGCUCCUGCUCAAAUCCCAGUUUCUGUAUGUAAAGAUCUGCCUCCUCCUGCUCAAAUGCAUGUUUCUCAAACUAAAGCCUCUCCUGCCUCUGCUCAAAUUCCAAUUUCUGUAUCUAAAGCCCCUCCCGCCCCAGCUCAAGUCCCACUUUCUGUAUCUAAAGAACCACUUGCUCCUGCUCAAAUGGAGAUUCCUCAAUCUAAGGCCCCUCCAGCUCCUGCUCAGAUUCCAGUUUCUGUAUCCAAAGCCCCUCCUGCCCCUGCUCAGAUCCCAGUUGCUGUAACUACAGGCCCUCCUGCCCCUGUUUGUAUCCCAACAUCUGUAUCAAAAGAACCAGUUUCUCAGCCCAAAGCCCAUCCUGCACCUACAACUGCCCCUUGCCCUGUCACUUCACCUCCUUCGACCCCUGCACCUUGUCCAAGUGAACCUCUGGCCUCUGCUAAGCUGAGGGGAAGUGGAUUGGCAUCAGUGGACAGGCACCUGGCUAGUUCAAAUAUCACGGGAGCACAGAGAGUUCAGGCUGUGUCAUCAAAAACAGAAGAACUGCACAGUGAGCCCCCACGAGAAAAGAAGAUGCCCCAGGUAAAGGCAUCGGGGCUUAGCAAAAUACCUGUAGUUGGUGGAGGCAGAGCGACCAAGCUACCUGUCCGAGACAACCAACACGCUGACGAUGAACCGAGUAGGGACCCACCUACUCCUGUGCUGGAAGAAGAGAGGCCCCAUUUCAACUCACAUGAUGCAGGGAGAAAAGAUAAAAUUAGCGCUGUUGAGGCAAAUGUUCCCACCUCAAAACACGUGCAGGAGGAGAGUCAGCAGAUUCAACCACCGAAAGUUCUCACCAGUUCAGCGCGUGACUCAAAGAUCCCUGUGAAGCACGGCGCUCAAUCUCACACUGCCUCCCAGAUCCCUCAGAAAGAAGCCCCUCGCACCAAGAUACCCGUGUCCAAGGUCCCUGUCCGCAGGGUUGGUAAUAAACCUGCAGGUACAGGCGGCAGCACCCAGAUGAGAAAAUAAAUCAAUGGACUGGAUCAGUUAAUGACACAUCCUACGGCUCUGACACAACAGUAUCAGAGUCGAGGAGGGCGACAGCACUCAAGCACAAAACAUCUCUACGGGGAGCCGAAGCAACAAGCCUGGCUCUUUGGUACUGGGCCAACUGGACAUGCACUCAGGAAAGGUUCAGGGUCACACCUGAGCACACAGCAGCAUCCGUAACUAAGGAAAAGCAAGAUAAAAGGUCGCCUGGGAACACGGUCACAUUCACACAACAUGGGCGAGUGCCUUUUUAAGGGUGCUUUUCCUACAGACUCUCAGAAUUUAUUCAGUCUUUUUUACAGUACUUUUAACUUUUGUUACUCCCACUUUUUGUAGGAACUGUCAAGUCUUUUUUGUCUUUCUUUCCAGCAAGUCUCUUUGAUAAUAACCAGUCCCUUUACCUUUUAUUUAUGUCAGGAGAUGAACCGCAAGAGCUCUAUAAAUUAAUGCAACAACCAAAUUUACAUUCCACACCUAUCUAUGGAUGUAUGUAGCAGAAAUCGUGCCAUUAAUUUUUGCACAUGAUGUUGAACUGUACAGCGCCUGUGUGUCCAUCUACUCAUAUGUAACAUUGUCAGAUCUCACUGUGAACUAAUGGAGGGACUGCGGUUUUGUGGACAGCAGCCAUUAUGAAUGGCACUGUGGACAUUUGAGCGAGACAGAGAGGAUGGUGAGAUGAGAUCUCCAGCUCGUACAGUGGCACAUCUUUAUCCAUACCCCAGCUAUACUCAGAUGAGAGCAGUAUCUCUGUGCAGAGACUCAUCGAUGUUGUUCUGUUUCCUAUUUAAUCAAUAAAACAAUAUGAGUACUUAGCAAGAUGA